UUCAACUACCACCAAAGAAGAAGAAAUGAAACUUCAUCAUCAAAUCUAGUUGUUUUAUAACUUGUAGUAAAUAUUUAUCAAGGGACACUCUUUACUCUGGAUUAUUAAGUUAAGCAUCUACCUUGACACCUACGGCACCUACGCCUUCACCCUCGUGAACAAACUCUUAUUUCUCCAUACAAACUUUGGACCCCCGUUUCAUCCCUUUAGGAUUUGAAUUGUGGGUAAUCCUUUCUUAGCGGAUGCCUUGUGCGUGCCUUUCAGCGCAAUCCGUUUUGUACUUUGAGUUGUGUGUUGAUAGUCAGUCAAUAACGGUUGGAUUGUAUAGAGAGAAGAAAAGAAGAAGAAGGAAAUAUAUUAAUAAGUCUAAGAACUUUUGAGAUGACAAUAUGCCUCCUGUAAAGAUUCCACCCAAUUUGACGUUAACAAUCGAUGCCCAUAAGAAAUGGCUGACGUUACUAGAUGAAGCUAAGGAGUUGGUAGAUGAAGAUAUUGAUUUACAGGAGAAAGCAGCCAAAGGCCUCCGUCUGAAAGACAGGAACCUCCCAGCCGAAGUCCUAGGCCGCAACUAUGCGCAGUACUGUGACGUCAUCAACCGAAUGUACGACUCGUAUCUGAACAAUGUCCACCUCCAGAGGGCGCCGUAUAUGCUGCAGAUCAUCAGCGUGCUUUUAAAGAGAUUAUACGAGCUACGCAACGAGAUAGUCCAUCUGAUCGUGAACGACUACAUCUAUGUAGACAGUGGCUUGAUACAGUACAGACUGACUCCGGAUCAGAUUCAGAUAGUGAUCCCAUACCACUUCCCUCUGGAAUGCCGAAACGAAUCCACCGAGCAAUUAUUGCAAAAGAUGUGGGCUGAAUCUUACAAAAGAAAGAACGCUCCUCCCAAAAAGGAAAAACCAUCAAAAGCAGCCAAGAGUGGGAUGUUCUCAGAAACAGAUGUGCAGGAAGCGGCAUCAGAGUCGUCAGAAGAAGAAGAAGAUGUUUCAGAGGAAAGUGUUCAUACGGUGAUACCAGAAGAAUACAUCCAGGCAAACAUAAUACAGGCCCAUGAAAGAUUCAGACAAUGGUACAUUGCUGACUACAGAUCGAAAUGUAACAGACGGAAAACAUAUUUCGCGGACAAAGUUCAAGAGGCGCCAUUGGAAAUGAAAAUCAAGGCUGCCACACUAAUUCAGAAAAUAUACAGGGAAUUUAUGAAGGUAAAGAGACAGCGAGUGGUGGAUACAAGAAAGGAUAUGAUGCUGGGACUCAUCCCCAACCCUUGGGCGGAUUCUUUGCACUUUGAAACAGAGAACAAUAAAAUCUACGAGAGACGACGCAAAACAAGAACGAAACUACAAGGGAUAUUCCUAAAGGAGCUGGAGAAAGAGAAGAUCCGACUGCUAGUAUUCAAGAAAGAGAACCAGAUCGAUGACAUCACGGAACAAGUCAGGGUCUGGUUUAGAGAAUGGUACUACGGAUACGGAUUCUUCCCGGAGUUCCCUUAUGACGUAGAAGGGGGCACCAUGAUGGUCAUCAGGGGCGACUACCCGACCAUCCAGGAGAAGAAGGAUGAAGAUGAGAAGUACUUAGCUGCUACCAAGGGGAAAACGAAAGAAAUGCUAAAACAAGAGAAACAGCAGGCGAAAGCAGACGCUUUGAUGAGAGCCGAGAUGGCGAAAGAAGCGGCGAAGAAGGAAGCAGAACAGCUGUUGAAGUUGCGAUGUAAUCCCAUGUCCGAUCCUGGAUAUGAAGUCAAGACAUCAGAGCUGAAAGGGAGCUUGCUUGAGGCUUUCCAAAACUACCGCGCGGCCUGGUCCAUCUACGACAGGUUUCCACCUGACACGUGCGCUGACGUGGUCUACGGGUACAUCCACGGGCUGCUGACGGAAGAACUGAUGUGUCAGUUACAUAAGGAUGCCAGGAAAUACGUGGAUGAGCUCAUGAGGAUAGACCUAAAGCUGCUGAUCAAGGCGCAGCAAAUAAUGUACAAGGAGGUGGGCUGGAAGUUUCCUAAGAUGAGGACCAGGCCCAAGCCCAAGAAGCCUUCGGUGCCCAAGCCCUUGGUCGUGGAUAACGCACUGCUGAAGGAGUUUGAGGAGGUUUUCGACCUAGGCAUCAUCAGCAAGCCUACAGCCAAGAUGAAGGAUGUGUACGGUGACACCAACUAUGCUGCCUACGACCUCAACAUACGGGACCCCAAUGCAACAUUCCCCCCACCAGGAUACGGGGACAUAAAGAACCGCGUCACCCUCUCCUGCAUCUACGGGAUCGGGAUGGACCCUGGCGCCACCAGGAACAAAGCCGUCAUGCUGAUGGGACCCCCCAGGAAUGGGAAGAGCUUCCUGGUUGAUGUGGUAGCUGGGGAACUGAAAGCUGUGAAGAUCGACAUCACUCCAGAGGUGUUCAGCGCUGUCCUGGAGAAGCCAGCCAAGGUCCUGACCCAAGUCUUUCAAAUCGCAAAGGUGUUCCAACCUGCUGUCAUAUACAUGAGGAAUGUGGAAAGAGUUUUCGCUAAAAAGGUGCCACCAGAAGAUAAAUACCUGAAUGCAAAAGUAUAUAAAGCAGCAUUGACGAAGUUGCUAAAGACCAUGCUGAUCGAAGAUAAAAUCAUUUUUAUAGCAACAUGUUCCGACCCGUUCUCGGCACAGCCGAAGCCGUUGGUGUCUCUGUUCGACGAGGUGAUCCUGGUGCCUAGAACUGACUAUGGAACUGUUCAGAGAUUCUUCUAUGAGAAACUACAAAGCAUCCGAAGCAUGCCUCGCGACUACUGCGUGCAGGCGUUGGCGCAGUUGAUGCAAGGGUAUGGAUUCGGGAUCAUCACGGAGCUGUAUGAUAAGAUCAUGAACCCCCUUAGGAUUGUCAGGUUGCAUAUAACUCCGCUAUCUCCAGAAGAAUUCUUGGAGCCGUUGAUUGAAGAGGGAAUCGAACCUGUCACUAUAGAGGAUUACCAAGAAUACGUUGACUUCUUCAUAACUAACUCUUACUUGAAGAGAGAGAGGGAAGAGUACGACUUCAUCAACAGAUACAGGGAAGUGGUUUACAAGAAAAUGGCGAAAGAAAAGAAGAAAUAAGAUUAUUAUUUGACAAGACAUACGUCCGUAUUAAUUUAACUUACGAGGCGUCACAUUAAGACCGAUUCUUGUCGUGUAAUAGCGCAGUUACACAAUGCGCGAAGUUGUUCGACUCAGAUAGUGUAAACACACAGUUCCAGUUCGUUUCGCCGUGUGUCGCCCAUAUUUCCGUACUGCUCGCGCUUGUGUCCGAUCAACUUCGCACAUAGUGUAACUGCUCCUUAAAGGUACAGAGACUCGCGACCUCUGGUGACUAGCGAAGUCAACUCGCAACAACGUACAAUCUGUUUUCAAGCGCUUCCACUAGAUGUCGCUGUGCUGACUUAGUUCACGAUGUCAUGUAUUUUUUCCUAAAUUAAUAAUAACUUUAAUGUUUCCGACGUCAGAUUGUGCCUUAUAACAAGUGUUAGCGACUCGUUAGGCGUGACGUGGCGUACUGACCUCUAUAACUGUAAUUUUUGUAAAGGGAUCCUUAAAAAAGAAUUGUAAAAGGAUCUCUUAUAAAUUAUACAUAAAUACCUAACGCCAGCGAUGACGAGGGCAAAAUAAGUUCAAAAUAGUCUGAUACAAGAACACUUACUGAAAACUCAUGCGGACUUCAGAGAACUUUCUAAAAGUAUAAUAUUCCUUAAUCUACAUGAAAAACUGCCUUUUUUUAUUAAUAUUGAUAAAAAUAUGUUGCACAUUUUUGUUUAUGUCGUGUACUCGUACGUUAUUUUAA